GUUAGCUGGAGUUUCUUCAACCAUGACACAAAGGUCACAGUCCAGACCACCCAGUCCACCUCAGAGAGAAAACCAUCAUCUCCAUGGAGAGAAUAUUAAUUAUAAUAUUAUGGCAACCACACUUUCUCCAUCCAUAGUAAAAGAACUGCGGUUCUACACACUGGUUUGGGGAUGCCAAGCGUGUUUACAGCAAUCUCUCACGUGACAUCUCUCGGUGAUCUCGCAGUGGUCUUUGCAUCUUGAUUUUCUCAUAUCUUGUGUCCUUUAAACACCAAAAACUCUAUUAAAAUCAUGGGUCCCAAGCGUAAAGUUCCUAGAGGUUCGGAAAGUGCUCCCAAGAAACAGAGGAAAGUGAUGAACUUGAAGGAAAAAGUAGAUUUGUUAGAUAUGCUUCGUUCAGGCAAAACGGCUGCUGCGGUUGGCCGCCACUAUGGCGUUAAUGAGUCUACUGUAAGGCAUAUCAAGAAAAAAGAGAAGGAAAUCCGUGAAGCCAUUGCUGCAGCUACACCAGCGACUGCAAAACAUUUGCAUAAGCCACGAGAUCCAAAUCUCUCUCGUGUAGAAAAUGCAACAUUCUUUUGGGUGCAGGAUUGUUAUGAAAAAGGCAUUCCUGUAGACUCUGGCAUCAUUCGAGGAAAGGCUAAGUCAUUAUAUGAUUUCCUAAAGAAAAGUGAAGGUGAAGGGUCUACCUCUACAGAUUUUCAGGCCAGCAAAGGCUGGUUUGAAAAUUUUAAGAAAAGGUUUAACCUAUGCAAUGUAAAAGUAAAACAAGAGGCAGCAUCUGCUGAUCAAGAGACAGUGCCUGUCCAUCAAGAGGCAGCGUCUGUCCAUCAAGAGACAGUGCCUGUCCAUCAAGAGGCAGUGUCUGUCCAUCAAGAGUCAGCAUCUGUCCAUCAAGAGGCAGCAUCUGUCCAUCAAGAAGCAGCAUCUGUCCAUCAAGAAGCGUCUAGGGAGUUUCCAGAAACCUCGGAGGAAAUGGUUGAAGAGAAAGGCAACAUUCAGCUUUUUCAUCUCAAGUUAGAGUGCACAGAUGUACCAGAGGUUAAUGUUUUAGAAAGAUCAUUUUCACUUCACAAAGAGCACCCAGUAAAGGACAUGGAAAAUAUUUUUCAGUUGGUGAGAAAUGUUAUACCCCCUUUAACCACUAAAAAGCAUAAAGGUCAAGAUGGAAGAAUAGGCAUAGUUGGAGGCUGUCAAGAGUACACAGGAGCUCCAUACUUUGCAGCAAUUUCAGCCCUCAAAGUGGGUGCAGAUCUCUCCCAUGUAUUCUGUACCAAAGAUGCGGCCCCUGUGAUUAAGUCAUAUAGUCCGGAGUUGAUUGUUCAUCCUGUUCUUGAUAGUCCAAAUGCUGUUCAUGAAGUUGAGAAGUGGUUACCCAGAUUACAUACCAUUGUCAUAGGACCGGGUUUAGGCAGAGAUGAUGCCCUCCUAGAGAAUGCUAAGGGCAUUAUAGAAAAAUCCAAGGCCAAGGGUAUUCCUGUGGUCAUUGAUGCUGAUGGGUUGUGGCUCAUUGCUCAGCAGCCUUCCCUUAUUCAAGGUUACCAGAGGGCAAUUCUCACACCCAACUAUAUGGAGUUCAGCAGACUCUAUGAAGCCAUGCAUAAAACCUCAGUAGAUAGCAGUGAUCAUCAUGGAUGUGUGUUGAGACUUAGCCAAGCCCUAGGAAAUCUGACAGUUGUUCAGAAAGGAGAGAAAGAUGUUAUUUCAGAUGGUGAAAAGGUGCUUGUGUGUAGUCAUGAAGGAAGCAGUCGAAGGUGUGGUGGACAAGGAGACCUUCUGUCAGGCUCACUCGGAGUCUUAGCACACUGGGCGUUUCUUGCUGGAACAGAAAAAACAAACGGUCAGAACCCUUUUGUCGUGGCUGCAUUUGGUGCGUGUUCUCUCACCCGGCAAUGUAACAACCAGGCCUUUCAGAAAUACGGGCGCUCGAUGACCACCACUGACAUGAUUGCUGAAGUGGGGAUGGCAUUCAGCAAACUGUUUGAAACUUGAAGCAAGGGGAGCAAGACACACCGGAAGCAAGAUGCCUCUGGCUACAGGAAUCCCCUGGGCAGGAGGCUCUGUGUUGUCAUGAACCCUCUAAGAGCUGCAGCAGCACACGUGCUUCUUAUUUUUUAAGACUAGGGUUUAAGAUGAUUAACGUAACUAUUUCUUGAGAGUUUGCAAUACAGGAAGCAUUGGCUGAAAUGAGAUGUAGUUUCGGAUGUUUUAAUAAAACUAAACUGAAAAUA